AUGUCGUUCAUGCUGUUGGAGUCAGCAAAAGCCGAAAGUUAUAACCAACUUUUAAGGUUGGGCAGUCGCAGCCGACGAUGCGCUCGCGACAUGGUAGCUGAAGGGCCGAAGCAGCUCUGUGUGGUCAGGCCUGACUAUGCUGGUAAUGUUAAUCGACAACAUCUCGGAAACGCAUUCAAGUGGAAGGAAUCGAAGAAAUCGGCGAUGGAGAUAGCGAACACCACAGACAGCGAACAGAUUAGCAGGGCAACACCAUCACUCAGGUGA